AUGGCCUUCGUCUGCUCCUUGCCCCGCAAUGUGGCAAUUCCUCAGCAGGAACGGCUGCUCCGGGAGCUGCUGGCGCUGAGCUGCUCCUGCAACUGCCUCUUCACGGCUACCACAGCUGCCAAGUGCUUCGCGGGGCUAGUGAACAAGCACCCAGCAGGGCAGCAGCUGGAUGAGAUCCUGCAGCUUGCAGUGAACAGGAUGGAGCCUGGCCUUGCGGAGGGGCCAUGCCGAACGCAGGCACUCACCCUGCUGCUCUGGGUGACCAAAGCCCUGGUGCUGCGCUACCACCCCCUGAGCUCCCGCCUGACGGACAAGCUGCUGGGCCUGCUGGGAGAUGCAGAGCUGGGCCCCGCUGCGGCCGACGGUUUCUCCCUGCUCAUGGCCGAGUCCCCGGAUGUGCUGCACAAGGGUUGCCACGCUGACGUGCGCAUCAUGUUCCGCCAGCGCUUCUUCACUGACAACGUCCCCAAGCUGGUGCAGGGCUUCCACGGGGCUGGCCCCGAUACAAAGGCCAAUUACCUGAAGGGCCUGUCCCAUGUGCUCAACCACCUCCCCAAGCCUGUGCUGGUGACAGAGCUGCCCACGCUGCUUUCCCUCCUGCUUGAGGCCUUGUCCUGCUCGGACCGCGUGGUGCAGCUCUCCACACUGAGCUGCCUCCAGCCGCUGCUGCUCGAAGCUCCCCAGAUCAUGAGCCUGCACGUCGACACACUGGUCACCAAGUUCCUCAGCCUCACCUCCAGCCCUACCAUGGCUGUCCGCAUCGCCGCCCUGCGCUGUGCCCACGCGCUUACCAGCCUGCCCACAACAGUGCUGCUCCCGUACAAGGCCCGAGUUAUCCGGGUGCUGGCCAAGCCUUUGGAUGACAAAAAGAGGCUGGUGCGGAAGGAAGCGGUGGCAGCACGGGGGGAAUGGUUCCUGCUGGGGAGCCCGGGCAGGUGAGCGCCCUGCAUCCCCUCCCUGUGCUGACUGACAAUCUGACCGGGCCCCCGCUAACCCGCCAAGCCAUCCAACCGAUGCCACGGACCCUCGGAGCCCAGUACUGCCCUGAGUGCCGGGGCUGGAGCAUGGGGGCCAGCAGACAGCACCCCUCACUGCAGCACCUUCCCGGCACCCCCGCCCUCUUCCCGGCACCCACAGAGGGGAAGGAGCUGUGCCGCUCGUGGCUUGCCCAGCCUCUGCUGCAGCCAGGGACAGUGACGGACAGACUCACCACGUGUGAGCGGAGAGGGCAGGCCUGUGCACAUGUGUACGGUGUGUGGCAACCCAUGCGCCACAGGAAUAAAUAUAUCUGUUUUGGUAAUGCUGCAGGGGGUCUCCAUGCAGCUCAGGCUGGGACCCCAGUGCCCUUAUAUAUGUUGAGUAGCUAAAGGUAC